UGGUUCCUGACUGCUUGCUUGCUCUUGCCGCAUGCUGCUUCGUGCCGUUGCCGGAGGAGCUGGAAGAUGGCGGAGCCGGGGCCGGACUGCAGCGCGCUUCUGGAUGAAGAGCUCUCCUCCUUCGUCUUCAACUAUCUCGCCGACAGCCAGUAUGAAGUGUCUGGUGAGGAGCACCUGUACUCUGAUUUCCCAGAGAUUGAUUUGUCCCAGUUGGACGCCAGUGACUUUGACUCAGCCAAUUGCUUCAGCGAGUUGCAGUGGUGUUGUGAGCGCUCUGAAACAGAGUCCAGCCAGUACAGCACAGACGACUCCGAGCUCUUUCAGCAGAUUAUAGACAGCGAGAAUGAAGCGUUUCUGGCGGCUCUCACCGAGACACUGGAUGACAUCCAGGGAGACGACAUGGGCCUGGCUGCCUUCAGAAAUAUGGACGAGGGGGACUUGCCCCACAGCGGCGGCACAUCGCCCGCCCCCUCUCCCAAACCGGCUGCCCCUGUCCCAGAGGUUGAUGAGCUGUCUCUACUGAAGAAGUUGCUUCUUUCUCCAUCCAAUGUGCCUCCAAGCUAUGAGGUUCAGAGAGAAGGGAGUGUGUGGCGGCAAGGAGCUCCCAAAUCCAGACCCCAGCGAUCCGGUGCAAAGGCGGAUGGUGGCCGAGACAGAAAGUCAAGCUUCCUCCAGGCUCAGAGUCGGAGCUGCACUGAGCUUCAUAAGCACCUCACCUCCACCGUCUGCCCGCAUGCAAAAGCCACCUGGCCACCAGACGAGUGCCACGGGGGCGGUGGCAGCGGCAAUGAGCCCGAGAGACAUUGCGCCCACAAUGGAGAGGACAGCGACUCCAGCGAAGACUUGCUGAAUGACAGGAAUCUUGCGGCAACCCCGCCCUCCUCCUCUGAGGAGGGCGCUGGGGAGAAGGAGCUGCAUGCCGCGGUGGAGCUCAUCCGCUACAUGCACACCUACUGCCUCCCCCCAAGAAAGCUGCCCCCCGCCCACCUUGCGGACGUGAAGCACCAGCAUUUCCACAGCCCCUCCAAACGCGCCAAGCCAGAUUGCCCCCUGCAAAGGCCUCUGCUCUGGAGUAAGGACAGCUGUCCCUCCGGCUCUUGGCCUCCCUUUGCAGGCCGUAAACCGUCCAGAGACCCCUCUGCGGAGUUCUCCAUCCUGAAAGAGCUGCUCGCCAGAGACCUGCCAUGUGACGUGAGCAAGCCGUACAGACUGGCCAAGCCUGUGUACGCCUCCUUGGCUAGGUCGCAGCCUCCCAAAUCUCUGAGAGCGCCGCCACCCGAGACCAGGGGGGGAUCCGCAGAGAUGUGCAAGUCCGUGGCGAAAAUGCUGGCGGAGGCGAAAGCGGAGCCCAGGCACACUCCCAGAGCGGAGCCCGAGGCUAAGAAAGAGACGGGCAGCCUUGCCGAGGAGGACGGGGCGAAACGGGGGACUGUCUCUGCCCAGCUAGCCUCCGGGAAGGCAGGACGCAAGCAGGAGAGCUCAGUCUAUGCAGUGCGGCGCUCCAAAAGACUCAACCCCGAGCUCAGUCUCUGGCUGUCGUUCCUCGAUGAGUCUCCCCUGGACUCUGCUGCGUCCACACUGGCAGCAGGGAACAAACCUGCCUCCACAGAGCUGCCCCUGUGCUCGGCUCUGCGGGACUUUGAGACGGAAGCACCGGCAGCAGAGGCAGAAUUGAAUGGUGCAGAUGACUCGGACGGCAGAUAUCAGAGCCUCCCCAUGGAGUUGCAGACCCCCUCGCCAGAGAGCUCUGGGGAGAGCGAAGUGUAUGAGAUCAACGAGAGCCAAUGCUGCACAGAGGCACCAAGAUGUUUGUCGCUGCCCUUGGCGCAAAUAGAACCAACAUUUGGGAAGCGUAAUUUUGAGCAAGUGCUGAGUGUGGAGCUCUGUGGCACUGCAGGUCUCACACCACCAACUACUCCACCAUACAAGCCUUCAGAGGAGGACCUGUAUAAGCCAGACAUUCACCAGAGGCCAGCAAAGGAGACUGCUGUCAUCACCAGCUCUGAGCCACAGCUAAUGACCGGGGACGGGACAACCUCCAGGAAGCUUCAGAGGAAGCACCCGGUGCGGACCGAGCUGUAUGCACAUCUGAGCCGGUCUGCCACACACCCUGAGCAACACGGGGUGUUGAAGCGCCCCUUUUCACGCUCGUUUGGUGACCAUGACUACUGUCAGGUCUUGAAACCUGAGGCUUCCCUCCAGAGGAAGGUGCUGAAAUCCUGGGAGCCCCUAUGCCAUACGGAAAGCCAACACAAGCGGAGAGUGCCUGAUGUGCCCUACCGGGAUGUAAGCAAGAUUGGAACCUCAGUGAAGGAGGACAGCAAGCAGCUGAGAGACCAGGAGAUUCGAGCCAGCUUGACAAAACACUUUGGCCUCUUAGACAGUGCCCUAGAUGAUGGGCAGACGGCCUUCUGCAAGACUCCUGAAUAUGACACAGUCUUUGAGGACAGCUGCAGUGAGAUUGGCUCUCCAUUGGAGGAGGAGGAGGAAGAAGAAGAAGAGGAGGAGGAGGAGGAGGAAGAAGAAGAAGAAGAAGAAGAUGAAGAAGAGUGCUGCACAAGUCCACUGGAAUCCAAGAUGUGUCCAUACAAGAAUCCUCUUUCUAGGACCAGUUUGCACUAUUGUUCCCGAAGCAGGUCUGGUUCAGAGUCUUCAUGCUGCAGGUCCAGGUCUCCAGCAAACCGAUGGGGUUUCAGAUGCGAAAAUGGCAAGCAGUGUCAAGAUGGAGCCAUUAGUAACCAGGGGCAGACAGAGAAGAAAAGAGAAAAAGCUAUUGGAGAAGGCCGCGUGGUUUACAUCAGAAACCUUGCCAGCAGUAUGAGCUCCAGUGAACUGAAGAAGCGUUUUGAAGUAUUCGGAGAGAUUGUUGAGUGUUGUGUUUUGACCAGGAAUAAAAGGGGAGAUAAAUACGGCAUCAUCACGUAUCGGUGUUCAGAACAUGCCGCCUUAUCCUUGAAGAAUGGUGCCUCACUGAGGAAAAGAAAUGAACCCUUGUUCCAGCUGAGUUAUGGUGGCUUUGGGCACUUCUUCUGGACCAGAUACGCUGACCUGGCCGAUUCGAAUACGGAAGACUCUUCCCCAGCUCCAGUAAAAAGCAAAUACGAGACCAUGGAUUUCGACAGCCUGCUGCAGGAGGCUCAGGAAAGCCUGCAUCGGUAACAGCCUUAACCUUUGAGGAAUACCUCAAUACCUCAGUCAAGGCACUUCCAAUAUGUUUACGUUUUCAAAGAAAUGAUUAAGUAUACAACAAGAACGAGAGAGAGAGAGAGAGAGACUGCUGUCCCUUUAAAUUGAUGUUUACAUUGAACAAGCUGCUUCUGUCUGUGAGUCCCCAUGGUGUUGAUGUUCCACUGCCACACAUUAGUAUCUUUGCUUCUGACUGGUUGUGUUAGGAUGAGCCUGCAAAAGCCUCCUGUUCCCUUCUUGUCCACUCCCUUUCUCUGAUUGGCCCCUCUUCCCUACUUCCGCCGUGGAGUUGCAGCUGUGUUCACCAUAACUUUUUUUUUUUGUCUGUAGUGUGUGAUGAUGAAAUUGUUAAUUGUGAAUAGAAUCAAGAUUGUAAACUAAUUUUUAAUAGAAGAAAGAAAUAUAUACUUAUAAUGUAUUUAUGGCUCAGAUGUACUGUAAUUCAGAUUUAUUGUACCGCUUCCUUGAUUUUUAACUAUGCACUGUAAUGAGGCACUUGCCCCUCAGCAGAUGCGGCCUGUCCAGAAGAGUGUCCUUCAAUUAGCAGAAAUUGGAAAUCAUUUUCAGGUGAAGCAUUGAGUUCUGCCCUUGAUGAAUUAAGGUGUGUCUGAGUGAGGUUUCUGGUAAUGCUAUAUAAGCCAUUCUUUCCAUUUGUAUGGGCUGGAUUCUGGGAUUUCCACUCCCCAAUCACUGGUUGCAUGAGACACGGUGUGCUGUGAUUCCACUGUCCAGAGCGGGCUCUGGGUGAAUUGGAAAGGAGUUCUGAAGGUGUGAAUUUCUAAGAAUGAAAUGUGGGGAGAGGAGAAAGUAUAAGGCAGUUCCCCCCCCCCCUCUUCAUGCUGGGUUGGCAGUGGCCAGAAGGUAGUGAAGCUCCACCUACCUUCUAAGCCAAGGAAUUGGGACAUAAGAAAAGCCCUGCUCAAUGAGACCAAAGGCCUGUCUAGUCCAACAUCAAGUUUCCCAUAGUGGCCAACCAAAUGCCUACAGGAAGCCUAUAAUGAGCACAUGAAGGCAAUCACCCUUUACCAUUGAAUAUGGUGAAAGUCCGAGAGCCCUCCCCAAAACAUUAUGCCAAAAGGUUCCUUAACGUUACUUACAAUAUGAUAGCAGCCAUUGUAAACACAGGGUAGGAGUUUGAAGUACAGGAACAUGGAGCAGUGCAUUCAAGGCCAUACAUCACACCAUUGGUAGCCUCAGGAAUAGUUUUUUACCAUCUGGUCAUCUAACCAAAGCAAAAUCUCUUGCCUGGUGGGGAGUAUUGGGCUCUUUCUGCAUGACCCAACAGAAAAGGGUCAAAGGAAUCCUUGCGUUUGGGCUGACCAUGAGUCCACAGUGCUCAAAGCUGGCUGGUAGGACCUGGAUCAUCAGCUGAGCCUUCCUGCCCCAUUUUGAACACGACUCUCCCAAUGAGCAGAGUCAAAUAAGCCAUACGACAUACAGCCAUUGCUACCAUUACUAUGGGAAGAGUAUUUCCACCUCUCUUUCUCGCUCCCUGCCAGGAAAGCCAUAGAUGUUCCUGUGUCUGUUUCCUUUUGACUUCCUUAUGGCUCUGAGCUGAUGGCCCCCUUCCUUUUCUUCCUGGAUUAGCUUCUCAUAGAUUCAAACACUUGGGGACUCCUCCUAAAGGAAGUCAACAUAGAGUGGCUUAGGGUGAUUUAGGCAAACAAUUUAUGGAGAGCGGGACGCCUUGAUAUUGGCUAAGAUGCCAUGUCAUUAGAUGUUGCAAGCCUCAUGCUCAGAAGCCUGAAUAAGUGACAGAGGGAAGGAUCCCCUUUAUAACUGCCACAGUUGCUAUAUUUUAAAGUAGCUAGUACUUGCCCACUGUUGGAGACAGUAUACUGUGCUAAACGCACAACUUGCCUGAUGCAGUGAGGCUGCUCUCAUGCUAUCUUUGUCCAGGGACAUGCGAGGAAGAACCAAGAAACAUCAAGAAAGAGCGGGGAUCAAAUAACCUUGCUACGUUAACUCCUCCAUCAGUCACAAUGUCUUUGUUUUAUUUUUCACACGCAAGGUGAGACCUUUGGGAUUUCAGCCAUCCCAUGUAGAUAGAAUACAACAGCCUUAAAUCUGCCAACAGAUCGAUUCUCUUCCCUUAAGGUCUCUCUGGCAUUAACAUGCAUUUGAUUUGAAUCAAAAGACACAAAUUGCCAAAGGCCUUGGCAACUGCUUGGCUUAAGCCCAAGAUGCCAUCCAUAGGCUUAUCUGUCAGAGCCAUCCCAUUGACUUAGUAAGGACUGUACAUGUCAGAAACACCGUGGUCAAGGAGUCAGCUCAUUUGUUACCACAUCCUAAUUAUGUGAUUAUUUCUGUCUGCUGAGGUGGAGCUUUUUUGUAAUAAUAGUGCUCAUUUCAAAUGGCAGCUAAUGUCAUGAUUUUGUGUGUUGUUAGCAAAAAUUCAUUACUGCUGUACUGGCUGCUAAUAUGUUGCCUGUACCACCUCUGUUUAGGAACUUACCCUAAGAAAUUGCAAGGCUGUUAGAUCUUCCCAUAAUCAGCCCAGAGCAAAGUCUGGCCCAGACGAAGCAUCUGCUAUUGACAAGUGCCUCAUUGUAGCUCUGCCUUUUUCUGUCCUAGUAUUUCCUCACCACAAUGAUGUUUACAUGUGAUUGCUAUAGAGCUUACUGUAGAAUGUACAUAGCGACACAUUUAGGGUGGGUAGGACUGUCCUGUCCUGUGCUGUGCUGACGUUUUCAAAGAACAAUCAAACAGAGAGGAAAAAAUAGUAACCACCCCAACAAUCAGUAAGUGGAAUUCUUCCAUCUCCUGGCUCAGUUACAAGGGUAGAUCAAAGUUCACACCUGGCUUUGGUCAGAGAGAUGGAAAAUGCAUCAAAUUUUAAGCAUGCUGAAAGUGUCGAAUGCCGUUGCAGAGGAGGAGGGAGAGUCCUUCUGCUACCCAGAAGGAGCUGCCUUCAGUGUGAAUCGCUUGCAAACAUGGCUUUGUACUUAACUUGGUUUUAUCUUUCGUGUUACUUUUAAGAGGCUGGACUUGCCAAUGAUGUGAGAGCAUGCAUGCGCUUGCAUGCUCUCUGAGGAAGAAGGAAGAUCCUGUAACGCACAUGGCCUCUCAAUCCUAAGUAUAGGGAGAGGUGCAAUAAGUGGUCUUUGUGUUGCCUGAAGCCUAUAAAAUAUUAUUUUUGCAAGAAACUUCACUGGACUUUAUGCAAUAUGCACACAUGUGCACAAACGCACACAGGUAUGGGGGGAAGGUAAUGGUGGGGCACUGAGCCCCUCUCCCUGCUGCUGGGCACAGCAAAAGCUGCAAAUCCAGCAGUGUUGAAUGUAGAACCUGAGUGGCAUGGUUUGAAAAGCACGCACAUUUAAUGCUGGUUAUGGCACACCGGUACUACCUGUGGCUUAUUAUAAUGGCUAAUGGAAGCACAGCUGUGUUUGUAUCAACCACACAGGGAACAGUGUGUGAAAAUCCUUUCCUCUUAUUUACACCUCCAGUAGCUUGGGAACUUGCAGUCCAUGAUGGGAGGAUUUUAAGCAAGGGGUCUGCAUCAGAGUUUUCCAGGAGGGGCAGAAUGCAGUAAAGGUCCUCCAUUUUGUAGAGCAGCAAGCUGCAGUGUUCCAAAUGCAAUGCAAGUAGUUCUGAGCAGCUGCUGGUGCAUACCCUGAUUCUGUAGUAGGGCACAGAAAUUGUUAGGGUCAUAUAGGCGGAGUGGAGGUCCUGCUUUGUACCCACAGGAUAGAUCAGCAGGGUGGGUGUGUUUAUGAUAGAUCUUCAUAAUCUGCAACUCGCCAAACCAAAUUCAGCCUACCAGAGGCCUGAUGGUGUCCCUUGCUAGGACUGCGAAAACAGGUGUAUGGUGGAAAGGGAUGUCCUCAAGUACCUUACAGGCUUCAGUAGGCAGCUGAUGGGCUGUGAUCACGAUGGUGGGUUGUGGCAUCCCGGUCGAUAACACAGCGUAAGCAUUUUGCUCAUACUGGAGCUAAUUCUUUUAGCUUUGGAAAACCAUGAUGCAGUCUCCAGGGCUCACUAACUAAGCCUGGAACCACUCUACGUAUAUAUACGACUUGACGAAUUCAGUUUGGAACCAUGGAGCUGGAAAGGAGGAAAGGAAAUGUUCUUUCUUUAGGACAAUAAGAACUAAAAUGAGCUUUACAUCUCACUAUAGCCAUCCCUGCCACUAACGUAUCUGGGCAGAUUCAUCCUUAGUGUAGUGUAGCUCUGUUCAGCUCAUUUUGACUUCAUAAGGACAGUACAUUGAGACCCUCUGGCUAAAAAUUGCAGAGUGCUGCCGAUUAGCUAAGGAAGGGAAUUAAUUAUCCGAAUGGUCAUUGCCUCUGCCUCUUUUAAGAAAGAGCUUGCUCCUGUGAUUUUCUCUGCAUAGACUUUUGCAAAGUCUGCCUAAAUUUCUCCUCUGUUCUUUCUCUUAAUAAUAUGCAUAAUGCCAGCAUCCCCGUGUUCAAGGGGUGGGCCUAGCCAUAACAACGAGCAAGAGAACAAACCAAGCCCUUAUGAGAUCAGGCGAGUAACCAAAUAAAGAGAAUUCAUUUUCCAGGGUGUUUCGGAAUAAAAGGGUGUAAUAAGAAAGGCAAUCAUGAGGGAGACAUUUAUUUUUUUAAAUAGAACUAUAUAUAAAUAUGUAGAUGUGUGUGUGUGUGAGUGAGUGAGUGUGUGUGUGUGUGUGUGUGUGUGUGUGUGUGUGUGAGAGAGAGAGAGAGAGAGAGAGGUCCCUCCUAACUUUUUUCUUUUUCUUUUUAAAUCAGGAAAAAAUACCUUAAUGAUAGGAAUAAGUCAUAAGCCAUUUCUUUAUCCUUGCCCUUUUAAUAACCAUUGUUUUAUGUGAAACACAAAUUCAGCAGCUGUAAUAUUUGGAGCAAAAAAUAUAUGGUAGCAUCAUAAGACACUGCACAAAGAAGAACUGGGUUCCAUAUCUUACUAUCGCAGUCAGAGUGACUUGUCUGAACUAUGCUACCUCCAUGAAACCUUCAUGUCAGCUUCAUCUUGUGUUUCCAUAAUUGGUAUUAGAUUUAUUCAGUUGUCCAUGUUAAAAAGCCUUAGAGGAUUUGUGUAUAAGUGUUUGUGUGCAUGUGUGUGUGCAUGUGUGACUCUUAUUUUCAUUUGCCAGUGGCUUGUCGUAUCAUCCAAACCCAGAGAUCAUGGGUUAUGAGAUGGUUAAACAAUUUUCAUACAACCCGUGGGUUGCUUUAGGGUUAUGCAAGGGUUGUUUAACCUUCACAGAACCCAUGGUCCCCAUGUUUAGAUGACAUGACAAGCCAUGGCUGCAGUUUGAAUAUUCAAAAUAGCUACCAGUAUGCGCCACAACUCACUAUGGCUUAAUAAACCAGGGUGGGCUGUUUCACCAUGCAAACUGUAGCUGAGUAUUCCUCACUUUGUUUCUACAGCCAGGAAGUCUGUUUAUGACACUCUUUAGCAAUAUGAGCAUGCAAAGCCUUCUGUUUUUCAUUCAUGUCUGUUAUGAAGAUUCUGCAAAGUGUUGUUUGUUUAGGCCUCAUUCUCAUGUGAGUACUUUGAGACCAUUUCCCCAUGAUCACUGAUUCCCAUGAAUUGUUUUAUGUGGUUAUUGGUCCACCCAUAAAGUUUUCACAAUGAUUGAAGGUACCUCAUUGCCCUUAGGGUGCAUUUUGCACCCUAGGUAACAUGGGGGCUUGUGCAUUCUGCAGUUUACCUCCAGAUAACUGCAAGUCUACCAUUCACAGUGGCUGGAGGAAAUGCAGUAGAGAUGAGCAACUACAGUGGAUUAAAACUAAUUUAUUGUAGAAUAAAUGCUACAGAGCUGCACAAGCAGUAUUGCAUGUGAUACACCAAGCAUCAGGCUCUCUGUCACUGACAACCUGUGUCUGGACUCUCAUGAUCGAAUGUGCCUCCAUAUACUCCCCAUACAUGGAUAACAAGCAUGUAAGGGAGAAGGUUAUGGAUAAAAUCUCAGUGAAAACUAAGACAAUAUGUCCCAAUUUUAAGGAACAAGGUGUCUGAUUCUGGCUUGGGUAAAUCCCAUCGAAUAAAGACAUUGAAGUAUCUUAAUUGUCAUCCUGAGAUUCAGCUCAGGGUCAAUAAGGCAGGCCAGCCACAUUACAUGUAUCAGCCUUAUCUUCAUCUGUCCUUGGAACGCAUGGCAUAUGUCAUCUUAGGCCAUGGUCCAAUGUGCACAUAGAGCUCUACAAAAGCAAGGGCGGCCCCCAUUUUGUUCAUAACUUGGGAAUUCCAUUUCUCAAACCCUUUCACGGCAUUAAAGAGAAUGGGCAGCCCAGUUUGCACAGAGCAAAGUGCACAUCAGAAUGCACCCAAGCAACUGUAUGGGGGGUGCAGAAUUUUUGAAAGGGUCACUUUACAGUGAAGUUUAAAAAAUAAUCUGGUAAGCUUUUAUUAUUAUUAUUUGCUCAUGGAAGAAUCUUCGUAUGAUGUGAAUAGGAAGACAAACCCCUGGAGAGCCUGCUUUUAAUAUGGCCGUUGCUGCAUUAGGAGGCAUUAUUUUUUAGAAAGUUAAAAAAAGGAUGAAUAAUACCACUGUUUGCAGCGUGUGUUUAUGAGUGUAUGUGAGCCAGAGAGAGUGAAGGAGACUAAAUUGAUGCAUUUCUUGAGAAAGGUGUAAGAAUUUCACCUAAAAGAGGGGCACAUUUGCUAUGUGUUAUUUAUAAUAAAGUUAGAUUUUACUUUUUUUGUUUUGUUUUCAAAAAGGACACUGCUAGUAAUUACAAGGGCCCAAUUCUGCCUCUCUUUUACAUGUAUUAACUAAGUGGUAACUUACUCCUGGGUAAGUAAAAGCAGAAGAAUUGGCUCCUUUUGUAAUCAAUACAAUCAAGUUUUUAGUUUGCUGUUUUUUAAAAAAAUACUAGAGGAUUUUUAUAUUUCACUUAAUUUCCCCCCAGUUGUGUUCUGUUGUGUCCUUAUUUGUGUAAUAUACUUUAACCUUAAUUGGCAUAGAUCCUUAUGCCGUUCCUUUGUUACUGUCAUUUUUUUUAAAGAAAGAUUUCUUUCUAGUGUGAUUUCAACGUCUACCUUCUAAAUGAGAUAACGUUUUCUUGUAUUUUUACAUUGUCAGAUUCUAUAGUUUCGUAGAUGAUUUAACCAAAUUGCUCAAUGUAUUCUCUAUAUCUAUCUGGUGGAUAUAUAAAAGUUCUAUUUUAAAUUGUGUAAAUACUUCAGAACUGGCUUCUUUUUGAGACUCCCCCUGCUGUGGAGUUACUUGUUUACAUCACAAAGACUGUAGAAUCUCUACAUUCAUGUACUGUAAAUAGUGAAGUGAUCUGCCUAUAAAUAAAUAAACCAUAACAAAUAUACAAUGAA